CUCACGGCACAGCAGUAAGAAAUGUGAAAGUAACUGUAGGAGGUACAGUUAUAUUUUAUUUACAGAUGUAAAAUGUAGGCACUUAUACCUAUGUUGUGUGGAAUUAAAGCUCAAUAAUUUCCAAAUUUUUAUUUUAAAAUGACAACUGUUGAGGAAUCUGUAACAGAAACUAGGGAAGAUAUUCCUUUGAAAAAAGGCAAAAAAUUAAGAAAUUGGUACAGUUGCAAUGAGGACUCUUUCAGCGGUUUUAGGUUUGUUAUUGUUGCUUUUGGUUCUUUAACAUGCGUCAUUACUGUUGCCCUUUUGCUGCAAAUUUAUUAUGGGGAUUACCAGAUUAUCCCACACGGCAGUGUAUCAACCGACAGUUUAGAGUGUUCUAAAAUAGGAACGUCAAUUUUAAAGCAAGGCGGAAAUGCAGUGGAUGCAGCCAUCGCUAGUGCCUUUUGCCUAGCUGUAACCACUCCACAUGUAACAGGUCUAGAUGCAGAGGGUCAGCUGCUGAUUUACAACCAUCGGACAAGGCUUCCACCUAACGUUAUUGAUUUUACUGGUUCUUUGACAGUGCCCGAAAAUAUUCCUCGUCUAGUGUUGGGUUUGGCAUACGUUCACCAGCAAUACGGGAGCUUAGCUUGGAAAGAUUUGGUCCAACCUGCUGCUGACCUCGCAGAGCGUGGGUAUUUAAUAUCGAAAUUAUUAGUAGAAGCUGUAACGAAAUCCAAAGCAGAGGAUUUGUAUGGAAGAUUAGAGGCUGGACAAAUCUUAAAACAUGAAAAUCUGAGUAUAAGUCUGUACAAAAUUGCUAAUAUAGCAGAAGACGAACUCUACACGUACAUUCAGCAAAAGCAACCAGUUCUUUCACAAGCACUGAAAUUUACCUUUAGUAAUUAUGACAUAUACAUUCCGAAUGCGCCAUUAAUCGGACCAUCACUUAUUUCAAACUUGAAAGAGAUCGAAAAGUUCAAUUUUACCAAAGUAGACAGUAUUAAGCCCGAGUAUGUGUACAGAUUAGUAGAAAUGACACAAAAUACAUAUGCAGAACAAAAUAUUAAAGAUAGAUUUCAUGAAGGCACCUCUUCCAACGUGGCCGUAGUAGAUCUGAAUGACUAUUAUGUUUCACUAGUAACAGGGAUGUACGGAUUGUUUGGUUCUGGAGAAAUGACAACUCACGGCUACGUUUUAGAUGUACCAAAUAAAGACAAACCGUGCAGUAGAAUACCGCUUAUUAUAACUGACGGCAACUUUAUAUGUGGAAGGCGUAUGGUGCUGGGGGCUAAUAAUUUUGCUACAGCGACCCAGUUAGUGGCGACAUUGCUAAUAGCUGAAAAGAAUGUCACGGAAGGUAUAGAAUCGCCUAGAUUUCACAUUCUGGGUAAUGAGACAAUUGGUGUAGAAGACCACUUACCUGCGUUUGGCGAAGACGUGCUCGAAUAUAUGAAGACUCUAAGCCCGGACAUCCAGCCAAUCUCCGAACCCUAUCCCAGCAGUAAUAUAGUGGAGAAAACUAAAGAUGAGUUAAGUUCCCAUUCUGACAGCAGAGGAGGAGGAAUUGCUAGUAGAUUUUAACUUUUUAUUCUUUCGAACAACUUUCCGGCUGUGACUAAUCACUCAACUUACACUUUACAAUAUUUACGUUCCCAUAUUUUUGUAACCUUAAUAAAAUGGUGUUCGAGAAGGGGUUACUUCAUUGCGAACAAAG